AAAAACAACCCAAACGCGUGUUUUGCUUUCUGGUCCAAGUCUAGGAGGGUCGUUAAGAGCCGUUCCUGGAAGGGUUGGUGGUGGAGGAGGAGGAAGAGGAGGAUGGAGGAGAAGGCCUCGCACGGCAUCAACAACAUCAAGCCUUACCUGGACAAGCUCACCCUGGGGGUGACCCGCCUCUUAGAGGCAUCUCCAGGAGUCACCGAAGUGAUGUUUGUAGAAAAAGAGCCCGCUGAGCGCCACGCCAUUGUUUCCUGGGAGCAGAAGAAUGCCUGCGUCCUGCCGGAGGAUUUGAAGAGUUUCUACCUGAUGACAGAUGGCUUCCACAUGACCUGGAGCGUCAAGGUCGACGACCAUCCUGUGCCCCUGGGCUCCAUGACUAUCAACAGCAUCUCCAGGCUGAACCGUCUUGGGUCCUCCUCUGUGUACACCUUGCCCAACGCUCCCACCCUUGCCGAUUUGGAGGACACGGAUGAGGAAGGAGGCGAUAGCGACCACCCGGAGAAGCCUCACUUGGACUCUCGUAGCCUGAUAUUUGAGCUGGACCCCUGUGGAGGGAAUGGAAGAGUCUGCCUUGUGUACAAGAAUACCAAGCCAGUUGUCGCCCCAGAUUCCGAGAUCUGGUUUCUGGAUCAGGCGCUGUACUGGCACUUCCUCACCAAAAGCUUCACCGCUUACUACCGGCUCCUGAUCACGAACCUCGGGCUCCCCCAGUGGCAGUACGCCUUCACCAGCUACGGCAUCAGUCCCCAGGCCAAGCAAUGGUUCAACAUGUACAAACCCAUCACCAUCAACACGGAACAGCUCUCCGAGGAAGCCGAUUCGUUCGUGAACAAGCUGGACCCCAACAAAGUGUUUCGAACCAAAAACAAGACUCCGGUCCUGAAGAAGAAGCUGCCGGCCCAGCCGACCCCCUCCCAGAAGGGGCAAACGGGGGCGGCCCCGAGGAACCCACCGCAGGCUGGAAGCUCAUCAAGGAGACGCGAACCUCAGCCCUGACUUUCCCAUGACGCUCCAGGCUAUACCUGUUCCCCCAGGGCCCUUUCGGUCUACUGAUCAAGAACACAAGGACUGGCGAAUGCCUGGCUCUGUGGGAACUGGACCAAGAUAUUUAUUUGAAAGCGUUUGUUUCAGAAGUUGGAAGUCUCUGCUUGAAUGUCUUUUCAUGAGGGGCUCUGUGGGGGGGGGGGAUCUGCUCCCAUCCUAGAGUGAAUCUUGCCGCGGUUGGCCAAGGAAGAGAGAGUCCAUGGGAGAGAGCAACGCUGGUGCUCUUGUUGGGCCCACUCCCAUGUAUCUGAUCGAUCUGUUUGUGUGCUUGUUUAUUUAUUAAACGUUCAUACCACC